UUUUUGAACGAGAAUUUCAAAAUGUGACUUGGCCGGAUUCUUUUACCAGAACAAGAAGAUUUGGAGGAGCAUAUCCUUGAUGUUACAACGUGGACGCUUGUUGUUUUCUUGCCAGUAUCCCCAUACAUUGUGAGCAGCGGUUGGGUUUGGAUAUUACUGCAUGAGUCGCAGCUGUGUGGUACCAUGGAGAGGCUGUUCGCGGAUUCGCGCCAGCCCAACCAGCAGCAGCAGCAAGAUGCAUUGGAUUCUACAGGUGUCCUGAACAUGAUGGGCGAUUUCAACGACUUUCUGCGCUCGCCAACGCUGCGUAGCACUUUGAGUAUAACUCGUUCGCAGCGCAAGACGGGCCUGCAGGUGCCGGAUAGGACACCAAAAGCAACGCUAGGCUUCGGAGAGGCAGGCAAGCUGCCACAAAAAGCAACGCCAGGCUUCGGAGCGGCAGGCAAGCUGCCACCUUCGUCUGUGCUGUCAGCGAAGAAGAGUAACAACAGCAGCAGCAGCAUCGGCCACAGUACGUUGCGAAGCAGUGCCACAGGCGGCAGCCGAUCUGUUCUCCGAUCCAGCAGAGCAGGUGCAGCAGUAGCUGGAGAUAGCCAGCAGAAAAGCUACGAUCCCGACGACUCGCUUAGCUCACUGCUCAACUCCUCGACAGCAGCAUCAUCCUCUCUGCUCAUGUCCUCCAGGAAGCGCCGGGCUGAGGAGAUUGAAAGCAAGGCUAACCUAGUGGUAGCAGGUGUGCAGAACUCUCGCCUCGAAAACGAGCUCUCUGGUGCACAGGCGGCACUGAAGAGAGUGAAAACUGAGAAAGAGUGCGAGGAGUCUAGGUAUUCGUCGGAAAUCUCCCGUUUGCGCCGGGACAACGAACGGCUUCAGGAGAGUCUAAGCAAUGAGCAUAGCUCGCUGAAAGCUCAGUUGGAGGCGACGAAGAACGCAUUCGAUGCCGAGCGCUUCCGCUUUGAGGAGCAGCUGAUGUCGGCGCGAGAGGAUGCCGACGAGGCAAGAACAACGUGUGAAGAGUGUGAAGAGGAGCGUAUUCAACUGCUGGAUGAGCUUGAGCAGAUUCGACAACAGCGGCUUCAGAACGGUAACUUGGCUCAAACAGAGCUUGAGCUCUUGCGUCAGGACGUGGAGCAAUGGAAAUCGCGCUAUGAGGAAAGCACAGUCCGUGUGCGUGAGCUGCUGCCCCUGGAGCAGGAAGUGGAGGCUCUCGAGCAUGAAGUGCAGAGGCUGAACAACGCCGAACAGACCCAAGCGGAGCAGGCAGCGUUGGGUGGUUCGGUGUCAAAGCAGCUGGCACGGCUUGAUGAGCUGGAAAACCGAGCAGCUCGCCUUCAAGCCGAGAACCAACGUUUGAGGCUGUCCCAGCAGAGCAAUGUGCUGGAGAAGGAGAAGCUCAUCAGUCUAGAAAGCAAGCUGUCAAGAGCUGAGCAGCGUGCAGCCGACUAUGCAGCUCUUCAGCUGCAGUACCAGGAGUUGCAAGAUAAGCAUCAGCAGUGGACGUCUGUGGACAAGUCUGGUCGGCCUCUGUCUCCCACGUCUGUUACACGCGAGCUGGCCGCUCUGCAGGAGCAGCAGCUGGUCUACAUCGAUCGGUGCAGCGUCCUGGACACUAAGUGCAAGUCGUACGAGAGUCAGCUGCAACAUGGUCUAGCUAGACUGGAGAAGGUUGAAAAGGAACUGAUUACAGAGAAGGUGAGCCGGUUGGCAGCUGAGGACCAGGCUGCACGCAAGGAACGCCUGACAUUGUUCCUGUCCAAGGAACGCGAUGGCCUGCGCAACAUCCUCUCCUCGUACCAGCAGCUGGACAACCCGUCGGCGGAGUGUGUUGCACAGCUGCAGCUCAAGGAGGCUACAUGCAACAUGGAGCGUUGUCAGGCAUUGCUAUCAGACCUACAAGCCGAAGCUGCUUCUCUUGACCAGAAGUUGUCAGCAGAGUGUCUAUCAAGACUGCAGGCCGAAAAAGAUGCUGAGCUUUGUCGCCUUCAGCUGCAGUCAGGCGUGAAAGCCUGUCUUGAACCGUCAGCCCCAGACUUUGCAGAGCUGCAGUCUCUCAGGCUCGCUGUCCGUCAUCUGGAAGAAGAACUAGCCAUGGCAACAGCAGCGGUAACAGCUGUGAAGAAAGAGGAAGGUGUUUCAAGUGAUGGGAAGUACGCUGUACUGCACUUUGACGACAACCCCCUGCGUCGCAGUCGAGACAAGCUGAAACAGACACAGGCAUUGGAGGCAGCGUCCGACUCUCAUGAAGAACUAAAAGCACUUCAAGAUGCACUGGCGGAAGAGAAGAAGAUGCGCCAGCGAAUGGAAGAGGUCGGUCGUCGUAAGAUCACGGAGCUCCGCUCGGCGUACAAGGUGUUCCUCGGCUGGAAGCUGGACUCACUCCGCCACGGCCAAUUUGAGCUGCGGUCCGUGUAUCGCUCCGGAAGCGAUGACGUGCUGCGUAUUGAGCGCAAUGCGGCCGGUGGUCUGGGCCUGCAGCCAACACCCCUGGCUACGGAGAUGUCAUCCUACAUCACCCAGUACUUAGCUAAUGGCGACUCGUGGCCUUGCUUUCUGGCAGCCACAUCUCUGCAUCUAGCACGCCACCGCUCGACCUAGACUCCACACCGUUAUCAGUUCGAGACACAUAUGCGUGCGUUCGUGUGUGUGUGUGUGUUUGCGUGUGUGUGUCCGCGCACGUGUGAGAGAGAGAGAGAGAGAGAGAGAGAGAGAGAGAGAGAGAGAGAGAGAGAGAGAGAGAGAGAGAGAGAGAGGGAGGGAGGGAGAGACUGCUUCCUUGUACUAACAUUGUAUGAGGUUGUGUGAGCUUGCUACCUUUUUUCAGUUUUGCUUUUUAGUAUCCAGUGUGUAUAAUUAUUUUCUGGACACUUUUUUACUUGUUGGGUGUGUGUAUGUGUGCAUGUAUGCUCGUAUCUACAUACGUCUGUGCAUGUGUUCUUUGAUUUAAAUUUAAAAAAGUAUUCUAUCACUGCGGACAGUUC